UUCUUCUAAUCUGCAAAAAUGGCGUCAUCGUCUCUAGCUCUCAGGAGAUUUCUCUCUUCAAGCGUCGUCCCACGCUCUUUGAGAGCCGUUCGUUCAGCGGCUGCUUCUUCUUCUCGCCUCUUCAAUACUAACGCCGUCAGAAACUAUGAAGACGGCGACGAAGGGAACCACCGCUCAAACCGACAAGUUUCUCGCCGCGGCGGCGAUUUCUUAUCAGACAUGUUCGAUCCGUUUAGUCCGACGAGAAGCUUGAGCCAGAUGCUCAAUUUCAUGGACCAGGUAAGCGAACUCCCAUUGAUGUCAGCCACGCGUGGAAUGGGAGCUUCAGGAGUCAGACGUGGCUGGGACGUGAAAGAGAAAGAAGACGCGUUGCAUCUAAGGAUCGAUAUGCCAGGACUAAGCAGAGAAGAUGUGAAACUGGCUUUGGAACAGAACACAUUGGUGAUCAAAGGAGAAGGUAAAACAGAGGAGGGGGAAGGAGGAAGUGAUGAUGGACGACGGAGGUUUACGAGUAGGAUUGGGUUGCCGGAGAAAGUAUACAAGACUGAUGAGAUUAAAGCGGAGAUGAAGAAUGGUGUCUUGAAAGUUAUGAUUCCUAAGAUUAAAGAGGAUGAUCGUAACAAUGUUCGUCACAUUAACGUCGACUAGAGUUUUUUUUUUUUCUGUGUGUGUGUUUUUGAUGAAUGAGUUUGUAAUUUGUUCGUUCUCUCUUCCUUGUUGAAUCAAAGGGAUAUGGCAUUUAAUUAAGCUGCUAAAUCGAGUUAAACACUUCACUAA